AUGGCUGAAGCUGUUCUCACUGUUGUCCUUGACAAUCUGAGCGCACUCAUCCAAAAGCAAAUUGGAUCUAUUUUGAGUGUGGAGAAAGAGAUGAUAACGAUGUGUAGCAUGCUCUCAACCAUUUCUGUUGUGAUUGAAGAUGCCGAGGAGAGACAAUCAACAAAUCGUGCUAUAAAGGAUUGGCUGCAAAAGUUGGAAGAUGUUUCUUGUGAGUUGGAGGAUGUUUUGGAUGAUUGUGAAGUUGAGGCCUUCCGAAUGGAGCAAAAUCAUCUACAAUAUGAUCACCAUAAGUGGAUUCGUAAGGUUGAUGUUGGGGAGAGACGAAAUCAAAUUAGAGACAAUCGUCAAACUGGUUCUGUUAUUACUCAACCACAUGUGUAUGGGAGAGAAGAGGACAAGGAGAGAGUUGUUGGGGUUCUUGUUAAUGAUGCCAUCAAUUCCAAUGAUACUUCUGUUUACUGUAUUGUUGGUUUAGAGGGAAUGGGGAAGACAACUCUUGCCCAAUGGGUCUUCAAUGAUGAAAGGAUCAAUGAGCAUUUUGAGCUAAAGAUAUGGGUUUGUGUUUCUGAAGACUUUGAUGUGCAUAGAUUGAUCAAAGCUAUCAUAGAAUCUAAAACUGAACGUGCUUGUGAAGCAAUGGAGAUGGAUCCUUUGCAGAGACAACUUCAGAACAUGCUUCAAAGAAAGAGAUACUUGAUUGUUUUGGAUGAUGUGUGGAAUGAAGAUCAUGAGGAAUGGGACAAGUUGAAAUAUGUAUUGGAAUGCGGAUCGAAAGGUGCUUCGCUGGUUGUCACUACUCGUUCGAAAAAGGUUGCAUCCAUUAUGGGAACAACACCAAUGCAUCACUACUUGACUGGUUUAUCAGACGAUGACUGUUGGUUAUUAUUCAAGCAAUGUGCAUUUGGUAACCAUAGAGAAGAGCAACUUAAUCUUGUGAAUAUUGGAAAAGAGAUAGUGAAGAAGUGGAAGGGAGUUCCAUUAGCAACAAAAGCUUUAGGUGGCUUAAUGUGUUUCAAAAGUGAAGAGGAGGAGGUGUGGCUUUCUGUUAUGUGUAGUGAGCUUUGGAAUUUACCGGAGGAUAAAGCUUCCAUCUUGCCUGCUUUGAAGUUAAGCUACCUUCACCUUCCAAUAGAGGAGAAACGAUCCUUCUCUUAUUGUGCUAUAUUUCCAAAGGAUCAUAAAAUAAUAAAGACACUAGUAAUUCACCUUUGGAUGGAAGACAGGUUGAUUUCUUCGAAGCCAGAAUUUGAACUUGAGGUGGAAGACGUUGGAAGCUAA